AUGGCUGAGCGUCAAAAAUUGUUUGAUGAACGUCGUGAACAAGAGAAAGAGUUACGCUCCUUGCAGCGUAAGAAGGCCUUAAUUCAAUAUGCAGAGGCAAAGAAGGAGCACUACAAACUGCUGCGUAAUUUCAUUCAAACACAAACGAAACCAACGCUUUUCUUUGCACCGGCGAAACAUUCAAUGCGCUCGCUCGAACUGCUCAAAGCAUCCGAAAAGGCCAUUGAUGGUGAGAUCAUGUCGACUUUUCAUUACAGAUUAAGUUUGUUAAUGCGGGGCUAG